AUGGCCGCCCACCUACCCCCAACAGCCGGUGCGGGGGCCUCCCCUCCACAGAGCGUCGAGUCUAUCACUCGUUUGGCGCAGGAUUAUGAAUACAACCCUUCCGUUCCUCUACGGUACUGGCUGCGCACGGCCUCAACACUCAUCCGAGAGGCCCGUAUCUACGAACAAGAACAACACGAAGAACAAGCCUACCUACUUCUGUUCCGACAUGCUCAGCUCGUGCUGGUCAACCUAGCUGAACAUCCGGAGGCCAAAGAUGAGAAAAAUCGCAAAGCUUUGGUGGAGGCUGAGAAGGAGGUGAAACGAAACCUGAAGGUCCUUGAGACUCUCAAGCCCCGCAUCACCAAGCGCUACGAACGCUACACCCAGUUGAUGCGCGAAAGACAACAACGCGCCUCCGCCACAGCCAAUUCUACACCUCUGGGAAUUCACCGGCAACAGCCUCAAGAUCCUGCGCUAGCCGGAGUCGCAAAACCGUUGGAGGCUGGGGAGAAUCGCGACCUGGCCGUGAAGCUGGCUCGUACGGAGAUCAGUCGCAGAGCUACGGUUCGCAAGGCAAUUCGUCAAGCUGGUAUCUCUCCAGAAGAGGAGCAAACUCGCCGUGCAGCAGGGGUCUGGGGCGACUGGGAGCAUGCUCUGCGGAAGGAUGCCGAUGAUGAUUUGAGCCAGCGCAUUCACAAUGUGCGACUAAGGAUGGAUGGUGGUCUGCAGGCGGACCUUCGUGCACCGAAUAACAUAAAACACACACCUGCAUCCCAUCCGGCCGCGCCUGGCAGCAGCACAACCUACAAGUACCCAAGUGUUCCUCGUCAGAGGCCUCUAGAUACUGUUUCAACAUCAGCUCAAAACGAGCUGCAUGGACUCUUUACGCCCGCUCCGGUAGUUCCUGCACUGCCGCCUAAAGAACUGCCGCAAGACACUCAGCUUGAAAGACCACCUCAACCGCCUCGUCCAGACAAGCUCUCCCUGCUAUCCACGCCAGCUCUAUUGCCAACAGUUCCUGCAAAGGUACGACCAACCCCUGACAGCGAAACACGCACGGACCUAGAUCCUUCCAGCUUUACGUUCAAGCCGUCCGCUUACCUGGAGAAUGGCACGCCACUACGGACUCUAUUCCUCCCGCCUGAGCUACGAACACACUUCCUCUCUUUGGCCGCACCCAAUACACAACGCAACCUAGAAACGUGUGGGAUACUAUGCGGCACAUUGAUCUCAAAUGCACUUUUCGUAUCGCGACUCCUGAUUCCGGAGCAGACUGCCACGUCAGAUACGUGCGAAACAGUAAACGAGACAGCCAUCUUCGAUUACUGUGAUUCGGAAGACCUGAUGGUGCUGGGCUGGAUUCACACGCACCCGACGCAGACAUGUUUUAUGAGCUCACGCGAUCUACACACUCACUGCGGAUAUCAGGUAAUGCUCCCGGAGAGCAUUGCCAUCGUAUGCGCACCGAGCAAGAUGCCAGACUGGGGUGUUUUUCGAUUGACGGACCCGCCUGGCUUGAAGACGGUGCUCAAUUGCACGCAGCCGGGCCUAUUUCAUCCACAUGGAGAAGCAAAUAUAUAUACCGAUGCUCUUCGCCCAGGGCAUGUAUUUGAGGCCAAGGGCCUGGAGUUUGAGACUGUCGAUCUCCGUCCCAAUGGGUCCAGCUUUUAG